AUGGACGAAGAUAUCGAGGAAGGUUCAGUUGUCAUUACUAAUAUUUAUGGAGAUGUUUGUGUUCGAAAAAAAGCAAGAAGAAAACGACAAAAAGCACUUGUACAGGAUAUGUUUUACGAUUACGCAACUAAUACCACUCUUCACGGACUAUCGUAUACAACUAAAAGAGGCCUUACUAUCAUUGAAAAGAUCUUCUGGCUGAUAACUUUCCUUGCAAGCAUUUGUUUAUGUACUUAUUUAAUCAACAAUGUUUGGAUAAAGUGGAAAACAAGUCCUGUCAUAGUUACCGUUAGUGAAAAACUUGUGCCAGUAAGAACGGUGCCAUUUCCAUCAGUGCUGAUUUGUCCACAGUCAAAAACGAAAGCAACGGUAUACAACUUUACAGCAGAAAAACUAAGGCUUUAUAAUUUUUUAAUGCAGCCUAGAACUGAUUCAGGCAAUACAACUUCCACUGAAAUGGAAUUUGCUAAAUUUCAAGAUGUUGCAAAUGUAUGCGGAGGAUUUUACGGGUACCCUGAGCAUCUUAAAUUCUUGAAUCGAAUGUACUCAGAUGAAACAGUAGCAAGAAGUAUAUAUGAAGUGGCACCCAAAAAAGAUGAUAUUUUUGAAGAUUGUGUAUUUUGGGGCAAGUAUGAUUUUGGUUGUGCUGCAAUAUCAGAAACACUUACCAGUGAAGGAUUGUGCUUCAGCAUCAACACGCUAGCGGCCCAGGAUAUAUUACGCAAUAGCAGUAUAAACAAUAGCAUUCCAUACCUGAGCGCCAACAAAUCGGCCGUUAAUUGGACAGAUGAACAUGGAUAUACUGACUUUGGUCCUCACGUCUAUCCUGUUCCAGGAAAGGAAAAUAGAGCAUCUCCCGACAUACAAAUAAUAAUGAAGACUUCUUUAAUAGAUCGCGACCUAAUGUGCAAUACUGUAAAUUCUGGAUAUAAGGUCUUUAUUCAACAUCCAGCAGAUUUACCACAGUCAAGUGUAUAUUAUUUUGCUGUUCUGAAUAAGCAGGUGUCAUCAAUGGCACUCAGUUUUAGCGUACUGAAUACAUCGGAAUCUUUAAUUAAAUACGAUCCAGAAAUACGACAAUGUUACUUCCCAGGCGAAAGGUAUUUAAAAUAUUUCAAAAUAUACACGGCAAACAAUUGUAAAAUUGAGUGUCUAGCUAACGUUACAUUCAAUCUGUGUAAUUGUGUAGCAUUUUAUAUGCCUCAUGAAAGUAAAACAAUUUGUACAGAACUUAGCCAGGGUUGUAUGAAUUUAGCAAGAGAUAAAAUGGUUGAGAUUGAAGCCACUGAUCCAAACAGAACAUGCCGUUGUCUUCCUUCAUGUAACAGUGUUGAUUACGAAGCAGAAAUCCUCAAAACAGAUUAUAAUCUGAAGGAUCUGUUACAAGUAGUUUAUAAUGUACGCAAUCUAACAGUUGAUGAUGACACCCAGUAUUCAAAAUUGGAGAUGUACUUCAAGCGGUCGCGUUUUGUAUCGAUGCAUCGCUCCGAACUUUUUGGUUUGACUGACUUUCUCGCCAACAUCGGAGGACUCCUCGGUCUCUUCUUAGGGUUCUCCUUUUUGAGCCUUGUUGAACUAUUCUAUUUUCUUACACUAAGACUUUGGUGUACUUUGAAAAAGGAUCUGAAACAAGAAAAACUAGAAAGGCAGAAUACUAUAGUUAGAAAAUUCUAA